UCAGUGGCGUUACCCCAUUUUCCAGCUGUCCCUCAGUCGGUCAGGAUUCCAGAGCCACGGGAGAUUCACCGGAAAGGGUUUUAGUGAUAAAGCAGCAAAUUUUGGGAGAAGAGACCACAUUGUGUGGUCACAUAAGCACCCAUCUGCCUAAUUUAUUCAGCAUUCAACGAUGGAAAGUGAACUAUGAGGUGUUGUGUAGCUGCAGAAGACUGAGUGAACCAUGGCACAGUUCCCAACCACGUUCACAGGUCCAGAUGUGUUUCUGAUCUCUGUGGACGAGAGAGCCAAACAUGACCAGCAGUUUCACAGCCUCUCUCCGACUGCUGGGGGUUUCAUCACAGGUGACCAGGCCAGGAACUUUUUUCUCCAAUCAGGGCUUCCCCCGCCCGUCCUCGCCCAAAUAUGGGCUCUGGCUGACAUGAACAGCGAUGGCCGAAUGGAUAUCCACGAGUUCUCAAUCGCAAUGAAGCUCAUCAAGCUGAAAUUACAGGGUCACCCUCUGCCCCCAUCGCUUCCUCCCAGUAUGAAACAACCCCCGCUACCUUUACCCCCACAGACUGGUUUUGGCAUGCCUCCCAUGGCACCCAUCGCUACUCCUCUGCCCGGUGUGCCCCCGCUCCCCUUGCCUCCUCUUCCCGUUGGGGUUUCGCCCCCACUCGUCUCGUCUGCGCCGCCUCCCCUCCCGCAGCCCAUUGCCAACGGAGCUCCUCCCACAGGCAUGAUACAGCCUAUCUCAGGCUUCUCCCACCCAGCUGCCUCUGUCAACAAGUCGUCUUCGUUUAAUCGGGCCAGUACCAAGCUGCAGAAGGGCUCGUCCUUUGAUGCUGCCGGUGCUCAGCCCCCUGCUGACUGGGCAGUUCCUCAGUCCUCCAGGCUGAAGUACAGACAGCUUUUUAACUCCCAUGACAAGAUGAUGAGUGGACACCUCACUGGUCCCCAGGCUCGCACAAUCCUGAUGCAGUCCAGUCUUCCUCAGACCCAGCUUGCCACGAUAUGGAGUCUUUCAGAUAUUGACCAGGAUGGAAAGCUGACAGCUGAGGAGUUUAUCUUGGCUAUGCACCUCAUAGAUAUGGCUAUGUCAGGGUUACCGCUGCCCCCUGUGUUACCUCCAGAUUACCUCCCACCAUCAUUCAGGCGUGUGCGCAGCGACAGCGUUCAGUCGGACCAGAAAAGCGUCCAGGAGGAGACGGAGGAGGAAACGGAGAGCAGCCAAGAGAAGAAAUUACCAGUGACAUUUGAGGAUAAGAAGAGGGAAAACUUUGAGCGAGGGAAUCUGGAGUUGGAGAAAAGACGUCAGGCCCUGCAGGAGCAGCAGAGGAAAGAGCAGGAGAGGCUGGCUGCCCUGGAGAGGGAGGAGCAGGAGAGAAAGGAGCGUGAGCGUCUGGAGCAAGAGAGGAGACGGCAACAGGAACUAGAAAAACAGCUGGAGAAGCAGAGAGAGCUGGAGAGGCAGAGAGAAGAAGAGAGGCGCAAAGAGAUAGAGAGGAGAGAGGCCGCUAAGAGAGAGUUAGAGCGCCAGCGUCAGCUGGAGUGGGAGCGUCAGCGGCGUCAGGAGCUUCUGACUCAGAGAAACCGAGAGCAGGAGAGUAUAGUUCUGCUCAAAGCCAGGAAGAAGACGCUGGAGUUUGAGCUGGAGGCUCUGAAUGACAAGAAGAGCCAGUUGGAGGGUAAACUGAAGGAUGUUCGGUUUCGUCUGUCGAAUCAGAGGAAAGAGGUGGAGCAGACCAACCAGACCCGAGAGACGCGCAUCGCUGAAAUCACGCUUUUACAACAGCAGCUGCAGGACUCCCAGCAGUGGUUGGGCAGGCUCAUUCCUGAUAAGCAGAGUCUGAACGAGCAGCUGAAACAGGUUCAGCAGAACAGUCUGCACCGUGAUAGUCUGUCGUCCCUGCAGAAGGCUGUCGAGCAGAAAGAGAUGAGCAGACAGCAGCUCAGAGAGCAGCUUGAUGCUGUGGAGAAAGAGACGAGGGCCAAACUGCUAGAAAUAGAUGCUUUCAACACUCAGCUGAAGGAGCUGAGGGAGAUCCACAGCCGGCAGCAGAGACAGAAACAGAAGGAACUGGAGGGAGACACACACACACAGACACACACACAGUCUCACAUACACACCCCGAGCGAGAGGAAGUCCGCUGAGCUGCAGGAGGGCAGGUUGUCAUCAGAGGAAGGUGUCGCCUGGAAGGAGGAAGCAGGAAGCUCUGCUCCACAAGCUCCAAGCCCCGCCUCCGUUCCGGCAUCCCACGCAUGGCUAAACAGAGUGACGCAGGAAGAGGAGGAGAGGAAAAGGAGAGGGAUGGAGGAGGAGCAAGAGGUCAGGAAGGGAGCAGGAUCGACAGAAGAGAAGGAGGACGAGGGAAGAGGCAAGAAGGAAAUGCAGGACAAGCUAAACAAGCUUUUCAGCCAGCCGGCCGACCCCUGGGCGUCAGCAGUUACAGUGGAAAAAGCUCCAGGUCCCAGUUUAUUUGACCAGAAGGCUUCAGCCAGCGCCUUCGACCAGCAGCAGCAGCCGGUGAAGGUGGUGUACUACAGGGCUCUGUAUCCGUUUGAUGCUCGUAGCCACGAUGAGAUCAGUAUCACUCCUGGAGAUGUUAUUAUGGUGAAGGGGGAAUGGGUCGAUGAGUCGCAAACAGGUGAGCCCGGUUGGCUGGGGGGUGAGCUCAGAGGGCGGACCGGUUGGUUUCCUGCCAAUUAUGCAGAGCGUAUACCUGACAGCGAAGCGCCGAUCACGCUGCGCUCCACAGCCUCAGCCACAACCUCCUCAACCCAGCAGCCGAUGACUACGCCCCCUCCCGCCCCUGGACACACCGCCUCCUCCACCACGUCCUCUUCUAACAGCAACUGGGCGGACUUCAGCACAACCUGGCCCUCAAACACAACCAGCCAAUCAGACAGCGAGGGUUGGGACGCGUGGCCGACCUCUUCGGCCAGUCAGAAUCCAUCUCUGAGCGUUCCCUCGGCACAGCUGCGGCAACGCUCUGCCUUCACUCCCGCCACCAUGACGACGGGUUCCUCUCCUUCUCCCGUACUGGGACAGGGAGAGAAGGUCGAGGGUCUUCAGGCUCAGGCCUUGUAUCCCUGGAGAGCAAAGAAGGAGAACCACCUAAACUUCAACAAAAACGAGAUAAUAACAGUGUUGGAGCAGCAGGACAUGUGGUGGUUGGGUGAACUGCAGACCGGACAAAGAGGCUGGUUCCCCAAAAGUUACGUGAAGCUCAUCUCCGCCACCACGACGGCCCCCCCUGGUGCUCCAGCAGCAGCAGCCGCACGCAGCAAAAACACUAAUGAAACAGGAGCAUCAGAAAGCCCACCCAAUGGAAAACGCCCCUCCCCGUCCCCAACAAAGCCUUCAGAGUCGGGUGAAGAAUACGUGGCCAUGUACACCUACGAGAGCAACGAACAGGGGGACCUGAGUUUCCAGCAAGGUGACAUCGUCGUGGUGACGAGGAAAGAAGGCGAUUGGUGGACGGGGAUGGUCGGAGGAAAGACUGGAGUCUUUCCAUCCAACUACGUCAAACCACGGGACUCCACAUCAGAGUCACUGGGAACAGCAGGGAAGACGGGCAGCCUUGGGAAGAAACCAGAGAUCGCUCAGGUGAUCGCCCCCUACAAUGCUACAGGAGCAGAGCAGCUGACUUUAGCCCCAGGACAGCUCAUCCUCAUCAGGAAGAAGAACCCAGGGGGCUGGUGGGAGGGCGAGCUCCAGGCUCGAGGGAAAAAGCGCCAGAUUGGUUGGUUUCCAGCCAAUUAUGUGAAGUUGCUGAGUCCCAGCACCAGCAAGACGACGCCCACAGAGCCCACCCCUCCUAAACUGGCCCCUGCCAGCACAGCUCUGUGUCAGGUGAUCGGCAUGUACGACUACGUGGCGCAGAACGACGACGAGCUGGCCUUCCAGAAGGGUCAGGUGAUCACAGUGCUCAACAAAGACGACUGUGAUUGGUGGAAAGGAGAGCUCAAUGGGAGGGAGGGUCUGUUUCCUAGCAACUACGUCAAACUCACCACAGAUACUGACCCGAGCACGCAGUGGUGCGCUGACCUGCAUCUGCUGGACAUGCUGAGCCCCAUGGAGAGGAAGAGGCAGGGGUACAUCCACGAGCUGAUCGUCACCGAGGAGAACUACGUCAAUGACCUGCAGCUCGUCACAGAGAUUUUCCACAAACCUCUGCUGGAGUGCGAGCUGCUGACAGAGAAGGAGGUGGCCAUGAUCUUCGUGAACUGGAAGGAGCUCAUCAUGUGCAACAUCAAACUGCUGAAGGCUCUGAGAGUGAGGAAGAAGAUGUCGGGCGAUCGGAUGCCUGUGAAGAUGAUUGGUGACAUCCUGACCAACCAGCUUCCUCACAUGCAGCCGUACAUCAGGUUUUGUUCGUGUCAGCUGAACGGAGCCACGCUCAUCCAACAGAAAACCGACGACAACCCCGAGAUCAAAGACUUCCUCAAGAGGUUAGCCAUGGAUCCCCGGUGUAAGGGAAUGCCUCUGUCCAGCUUCCUGCUCAAGCCUAUGCAGAGAGUCACGCGCUACCCUCUCAUUAUCAAAAACAUUUUAGAAAAUACUCCAGAGUCUCAUCCAGAUCACAGCCACCUGAAAGCAGCUCUGGAGAAAGCAGAGGAGCUGUGCUCACAGGUGAACGAGGGCGUCAGGGAGAAGGAGAACUCAGAUCGCUUGGAGUGGAUUCAGGCUCACGUUCAGUGUGAGGGCCUGUCAGAGCAACUGGUGUUUAACUCAGUCACCAACUGUCUGGGUCCCAGGAAGUUCCUCCACAGCGGGAAGCUGUUCAAAGCUAAAAGCAGCAAAGAACUCUACGGCUUCCUGUUCAACGACUUCCUGCUGCUCACACAGGUGACCAAACCUCUGGGCUCGUCAGGCUCUGACAAAGUCUUCUCUGCAAAGACACACCUGCAGUACCGCAUGUACAAGACGCCAAUCUUCCUAAAUGAGGUUUUGGUGAAGCUGCCGACAGACCCGUCGGGCGACGAGCCUCUGUUCCACAUCUCCCACAUAGACCGAGUUUACACGCUCCGAGCCGAGAGCAUCAACGAAAGGACGGCGUGGGUUCAGAAAAUCAAGGCAGCUUCAGAGCUCUUCAUAGAGACGGAGAAGAAGAAGCGGGAGAAAGCGUAUCUAGUACGUUCUCAGAGGGCUACAGGUAUCGGGAGACUGAUGGUCAACAUUGUGGAGGGAAUUGAGCUCAAACCCUGUCGCUCCCACGGAAAAAGUAACCCGUACUGCGAGGUGACCAUGGGCUCCCAGUGCCAUAUCACAAAAACAUUACAGGACACUUUGAAUCCAAAGUGGAAUUCCAACUGUCAGUUUUUUAUUAAGGACCUGGAACAGGACGUCCUCUGUAUCACUGUGUUUGAACGAGACCAGUUCUCGCCUGAUGACUUCUUGGGCAGGACAGAAAUCCGGUUAGCAGAAAUAAAGAAGGACCAGGGCUCUAAAGGACCAAUCACAAAGAGGCUGCUGCUCCACGAGGUUCCCACGGGAGAGAUCGUCGUUAGGCUCGACCUUCAGCUGUUUGAAGAACCGUGAAACCUGGACGGGGCCACGGCGGACUGGACUGGCCCAAAAAGGACCUGUAGGAGAUGAUGGUUUGGACUGGACUGGAGAACUGGACUGGUCUCAAAUCUUUAUUUCUCAGCGUGUACAUCUGGGCUUUUAUACCCAGAGAGAAAGGAUCAGUUAGCUAAGGGUAAAAUGAUGCCAUUACUAAACUUCAUCAAGUUUAAAACAGAAAGGAAUAACUUAAUGAAUUACCAGCUGGAGGAAGGACCUUCACAUACUCACAAAAGCCAAAGUGGCUGAAAAUGUGUGUAACUCCAUUUCAGCUCUUAAACAUUAAAAGCAGCUGUCAGAUAAGCAGCAGUUAGGGUCACCAUGGCGAUCCUGUGUGGUUUUCUCUAUUUAAAUCCAUCAAAUUUCACAUUUCUUUGAAAUUUGACUGAGCACGCCUCUUGAAAAACACGUCACCACCUCCAGUCUGUGCCUCCUAUCGACCUGCUUACACACCGUGAGUGUGGCAAGGAGAUUCUCCACAGCGUUUCUGUGUCGGUCAGAACAUCUGUGAGUCUGAGGCCUCCAUAAUAAACAGAGAGAGCAGACACAUGAUCCCAUGUUCUGCUCAUAGUCUGGAUCAGCUCUAGUGGGCUUGGUGGUAGAUUACAGAGAGGGUUUUUAGAAGAAUUUCCCCCCCUCAGUCGAGAUGAACAUUAUGCCCAUUCAUCUGACUGAGAUUGCAUUAAUAUAUGUGAAUAAUAUAAAUAUUAAUGCAUUUUUUAGCCAAUAAUAAUAUACAGUAUGAUGGACACACUGAUAUAAAAAAUAGAGAUGAAGUGGAGUAGGAUUAUAAAAAGUUGGUAUGAGAUUCUUAUCAUUUCUGGUUUAUUAAUUUCAGUGGAGAGGGUUAAAAAAGAGCUUAACAUCAGAAUACAUAUUGUUUUUCUGAGAUUUAUAGAUUUCAUGCAUCUAAAUCUAAAUUUGUGUGGAUUUUUUAAAUGUCACAUACACGUUCACGUCUUAAAUUUGGCUGGUGCUUCCGUGGUUAGAGAUUGGACCGGUUCAGCAGGUCUGUCCUGUGAUCUGACAUUUAAAGAAGCAGCUCAACGGAUUUUCUAGUCUGCAAAUAAUUCUCUGUCGUGUUGGUACCACUGAGAAGUGAAAAUCCGAGACCUGGUCCAGUCCAGUCCAGUCUGCUUGUGCCCCCUCCCUCCUUCAGGACCAGUUCACGUCAGUAUUUAGUCGAGUCUUGGAGAAGAUCAGUCAGGUCUUUACUGUCUCCUCUCCCUCUGCUUCAUCCAGACAGUCUCACAAACACUCCAGCGACAAUCCCAGCCCUCCUUCUUUGUCCAACCAAACCCAGACCUUUAUGUGAGAGAGUGUGUGUGUGUGUGUGUGUGUGUGUGUGUGUGUGUGUGUGUGAGGCAGACGGCCGAUGCGAAUGACGGUACAAGUUUUAAGAUAGACAGGCUAACUAAAGCACGGUUCAGUCUCCAUGCAUUUUUUACACAGAGUCUCUCAGAGUCUUAUGAUCAACUCUUUGGGCUUUCAGCUCAUGUGAAGGGACAUUUUUUAUAAUUUCGCUCAGUUUGGACGCUCACUGAACGCUCGCCACGUUAUCUCAGAAAGUGCUAAAUAUGUACAGGUUUAAUGAGAAAUCCUAACGAUGCAAAAUAAGCUGAAGAUAUAGAGACCCUGAUAUAUGACUGGUGUAAAUACAUUACAGACAAGAUGUCCCCUUCACAUGUGUCUGUGGUAAUAAUGCUGAUAAUAAGACAGGGAACAGGAGUGAAAGCUGAUUUAAACUGAGGUACUGUAAAGAAGAAUGUCUUAACUGUUCAGGUUGUUUGUUUUUUUUAUGUAUAUGUGGGGGGGUCGCAGAUUUAGACGAUUUCUGUCACACAUCUGAACUCUGAUGUUACGUUGCUGCUGUGUUGAGCUGUCACAGUGGCCGUCACUAUGCAGGGAGGGUAAACCCUGAGGGAUUUCGAGGGCCCGCCGCUGGACUGGGGCCCUCGAGCAGGCUCCGUAGGGCACAGAUGUAUUUUAUAGGAAUAGCAUUUUGACCAUUUUCACAGUUUAACCCUAUGAAAAGCUCAGAGUAGAAACAACGGUACUGUGCGUCGGCACUCCCAGCACUUUGAAAAGCAGAUUUUGGAGCAGAACAGGACACGAAUCUACUGAAUUUCACCCAGCAGCUGUUUUGGGUAAUCAGAGCAGGAAGUCUAAUAAAAAGAGGCCCUCAAAUGAUGUGUUUUUAUUAAAGUCUUAUCAUUUUAAAGACAAUUUAAUGAAGAUAAGCAAACUGUACUUAAGCCCAAAGAUGGAUCCACUUGCAUCCCAGCAAAUUAAAGAAAGUUACGAGUGUUUUUCAGAUGCAGUCGUUGGAUUUUCUUCCUAAAUAAAGAGAAUGUAAAAAGAGAGGAUUGGUCUGCACUGACUGCUACCAUUUUUGUUCAGCAUAAGAACUUUAUAUUUAAAGUAAUGGCAAUAACUGUGAAGCUGUAAUUUGUGGACUCUCUGAGGGGAAAUGAACUUAUUAUUUCCAAAAACUAUUUCUUCUUUCAAAAAGUGUCCCAAUCUUUCAAUUUCAAGCACACUUUGAAAAUGAAUACUUCUCUGAUCUUCCUCCUAAAGUUUCCUCAAGCUGAUUAUUCAAAACGGCGGCUGCGUUCGCCGACAAGGCCGGAAACAUCGCCUAGCUAGGUUGCUUAGUAAGAUUGUAGAUAAGUUAGUUAGCGAGCCACUCGGCCGGUUAGUAAAUCUAGUUAGGUGUUUUAAUUUAGUGCCAAGUUACAGUAAUGUUCUAAAUUACCACUAAGACAACAGUUACCUUAGUGACCAGCCACUGUCCAAUCAGAAGUUGGCGAGGCUCGGCCAGCUUCAGCAGCUUGACUAUGGAGGAAGGUGUGAACGAAUGUUUGUGUUUCCCCAGAAUGAAGCUAAUGAUGAUGAUGAUGAUGAAUGAUGAUAAAGCUGUCUUACACCCCUCUGUACUGUACUGCUCAGUACCCCCCAAGCCUCCUCCUCUCCUCACUGUACUGAAACUAACCCAAUCCAGUUUGAACCUUACUGUCUACCUUCCAGGUUGUGUAUAAUACUGCUGUUAUCUGAGAGUUAAUAUAUGAGCGAUAAAGGCAGCCUGCUGUUAAUUAUCACUGUAGAAGAUGAUGUACGUUGUUGUCUUUCAGUGUUCAGAAUAAACUUCAGUUGGACCAAGAACUACA